CUCAGCGUUGUUAUGAAAAUGCGAGAGAGUGUGGGAGGGCGGUGGUGUUGUGCGAUUAUCAUUAUUCAUUAAUUAAUUUUUGUUUUGAGGUUGGACUGAAAUUUAUAACUUUUUGAUAGCUGUCCUAUCCCUUCAUCAAGAUCAUCACCUUUUGGCCAGCUUCGAUUCGACGAAUUGUCGUCAGAGGAGGCCAGAAGCAAGGGGGCAAACAAGCUGAAUCCAAAUCGGAAGAUUUAUCACGAUAAAUCAUAUAUUUUUGGUCUCCUGAUAUCAUGCUUAAGUGAUGAUUGUGAGAGCUGACGAACGCCAAAUACUGGAGCAUAAUAUGUGAUAUUUAGAGAUUUAGGAACUAGUUUUAUUCUGUUAAUUAGAGGUGUUCUUCCGCAAUCAUGUUACUUCGUCACAAGAUGAGGCAAAUAAAAGGUGGAUGUGCAGAUUGUGGAGCCCCUGAGCCGUCUUGGGCCUCCAUCAACCGGGGCAUCCUGAUCUGCGACGACUGCUGCAGCGUACACCGCAGCCUGGGCCGGCACAUCUCGCAGGUGAAGUCGCUCCGGCGCGGCUUCUGGAACGCCCAGCAGCUGAAGAUGGUGCAGAACCUAGCCGACUCGAGCGCCAACAACAUCUGGGAGCACUCGCUGCUGGACCCGUCCCACGGCAAGCUGGGACGCCGCAAGCCGGCGCCCACCGACCCCGUGCACCCGAAUAAGGCCAAGUUUAUUCGCGACAAGCACCAGAUGCUGGCGUUCGUGUACCGACCCGGGAAGGACGAUCGACAGCUGGCUGAGGGCGACACGAGUCUCCAGCUCCACUCGAGCUGCCGCACACCCAACACAGAGACCAGCCUGCGCCUGCUGUCACUGGGCGCCAACCCCAACUACUGGCACCCGGAGCGCGGCACGGGCCCGCUGCACGUGGCGGCGCGCGCCGGCCAGGCGCUGCAGGCCGAGCUGCUGAUGGUGUACGGGGCGGACCCGUCGCGGCCGGACCGGGCCGGCCUCACACCCAUCCAGCACGCCAGGGAGGCCGGCCACUCGGAGCUCUGCCGCCGGCUGGAGGAGUGUCAGUACGAGCUGACCGACCGGCUCGCCUACUUCCUGACCGGCCGGCGGCCCGACCACGCGGCCGGACAGCACUUUGUUGUGCCGCCGCCGGUGGGACCCGACACCGAGGCCCUGGUCAACGCUCGGCUCAAACUGCGGAACCUGCAGUCCCGGCUGCUGGCGGAGCUGGCGGCCGACGUCUAUGACGAGGUGGACCGGCGCGAGACGGACGCUCACUGGCUGGCGCAGCACCCGGCCGCCACCAGCGGGCCCGGCUCGGUGCCCUUCCUGCCUGUCAACCCCGAGUUCUCCUCCACGCGCAACCAGGGCCGACAGAAGCUGGCGCGCUUCACGGCGCCCGAGUUUCGCGCGCUGAUCGUGGACGUGCUGCAGGAGGCGCGCCGCAGACAGCUGGGCCCGGCGGCGGCGGCGGCGGCCGCCGCUCUGGCUGAGGGGGAUGACGACGAGCCGCUCUAUGACUCUGUGGCCUCCGAGGAUGACUACGCGCCCAUCGAGCAGCUGCAGCGCCGGGAGAACGCGCAGAGGAUGCUGGCCGAGCAGAACGAGCUGCUGCGGCCCACCCGCACAGAGAGUCCAGAGAACGGCGACUCUGGCGAGCGGACCAAGGACAGCAGUCUGAACAGUCUGGAGGCGAACCACCACCGGCGGGCGUCAGAUGGCAGCAGCGGCGACGACCGUCUGAUGCGUGAGUCGAGUCUGGCGCCGCCGGAGAGCAACGAGGAGAUGCGCCGCGAGAUCGACCUGCUUCGGGACAUGGUCAGCUCCCUGCUCCAGGAGAAGCACUGCCUCGCCGACUCUUCUUCCGACGAGCAACAAGUGCAGCGCCUGACCUCUGAGAACACGGCUCUGCGGGCCAGCUGCGCCGGGGCGGCGGCCGGCGCCGGGGCGGGGGCGGGUCCGCCGCCGCUGCCGCCCCACGCCGCCGCCGGCCGCCGGCCCGUCAGCAUGUUCGAGACGCGCGAACGGCCCGCCCAGCCGCCCACCUGGUGUCUCGAGCGGAAACUGUCGGAGGGGGACCGGGUGUCGCCGCCCGGCUCGACGGCUGCCUCGCUGACGGCCAGCGGCUCGUGCUCGCUGCCGCACCAGUCUGUCCCUCAGCGGGCCAGUGGAUCGCGCUCACUGCCGCUGCCGGGCGCCUCCGAGCCGCCUAAACAGGAGGUGGUCAUACGGAAAACGGAACUGGUAACCCGGCGGAUCCAGCGGCUGCUGACGGCCGCCCAGCACGGCCGGACCGACCAGUACAACGCCUGCAUCGACCGCAUCUACUCGGCUGUCCUCGAGAUGGUCUCCGUCUUCCCGCAGUCGGGCUGCGACGAGCGCGCGCUGGACUCUGUCCAGCAGCUGAGCACCUCGGCCUGGCGGCUGCAGAACGAGUCGGCCGGCCUGCUGGCCGCCGCCGGCGCGCCGUCCGCGCACGACGCGCGCCUCAUCACCCAGCAGGUCAUCCAGAUGGCCUUCGAGGUGGCCAAGGGCGCCAAACAGCUGGUGAUGAUCUACCAAUGACGCGCGCCGCCGCCGCCCGGACCGUCUUCCAGACUGUACAACCGGCCCGAGACUGUACCGGCCGCCCGGUCAGUGCUAUGUGAUGCGGUCGCAGCGACUGCCACUCUGUGACGGACCGAGACGGGCCGCCAGCGCCAAAUAUGUCGAUUUUUAGGGCAGUCAGCUUUACUCAGAGUGCUACAAACGCCACCGGCGAGUCGAUUAAUGCUUAUGGGAGGGCGCGCGCUGCCGGCCGCCCCCCCACCGUUCGUCUCUUGCCAGGGCGGUGGCGCCGGGUGCCGAGUGCGUGCUACUCGGGCCGCCGUCAGUGCCUUAGGGACCGGUCGGCCGGCCGGCACCCCGGGGUACCGGGCCGGACCGCACUGGACCGAAUCGGACCGGACGGGACUGCACUGGACCGAACUGGACCGGACCGGACCGGACCGGACCGGACCGGACCGGACCGGACCGGACCGGACCAGAGAGCGGGCGGCGCGCCGCCGUUGGCCGCAGGACUGCCCGUUUUGCUAGUGUAUCCGUCUUAUCGAGCAUCUACAUAUGAUUGUCCUCCGUGGGUAAUUCGCAGCUAGAAGCCGCACUGUUGAGAAGCAAAUGUAUUUUAAUAAAUUAUUUAACUGGUG